UCGCGAUGCAGACCGAUCAGCAGGAACGCAGUAGUCGGCACAUCGCGGCCAAGAGGCAGCGAAAGCUGCAACUGCUCCAGCAGCAGCAGCAGCAACAGCAGCAGUUGCGCGAGCUGCAAGAGCAGCAGCUGUUGCAGCAGCAGCACCAGCGCGAGCUGCAAGAGCAGCUCAACCAGCAGCAGCUGCACCUCCAGCUAAAGCCGAUUCCGAUCCUACCGCAACCGUUCCACUAUCACCUGCAACCGUAUCAACCCAUCAAGCAUCCCGAUGACAUGCUGAGUUCCGCGUACUACAUCUACAUGUCUGCCGCUACUCAGUUGCACAUGGCACCACAGGCAACCAUAGUACAGCAAGUUGACCAAGCCGUUCCGCACCAUCAUCAUCCACAUCUCCAGCAGCAGCAACAGCAGCAGCAGCAGCAGCAGCAACAGCAGCAGCAGCAGCAACAGCAGCAACAGCAGCAGCAGCAGCAGCAACAACAACAACAACAACAGCAGCACCAUCUUCAUCACCACCACCUGCAACACCAUCAGCAGCCACAGCAACAUUACGCCGCCAACAACCAGCAGCUUCAUCAACAGCCGCAAGUGUCGCCGGCGGUGGUGACGACUGGCGAGCUGCAGCAGCAGACGGCGGCGGUCAUAACGGCCAACGCCAACAGUGGAGGAGCCCUUGGUAACGGUGCCACAGGUGGAGGUGGCAACAACAACAACAACAGCAACGCGCAGUCCGCCACCCCGACGAACACGACAACGACUGCCUCGGCGUCCACGUCGCUGUUGCCUCCUAUCACCGGCACCGGAAACCAGCAGCAGCAGCAGCAUCACCAACAACACCAGCACAACCACCACAAUCACCACAAUCACCAGCAGCAGUCGCAUCAUAACAACAACAAGGAUCAGGACUCGAACAUGAGCGCCGGCUCGUCGCCUAGUGAUAAGGAGCUCGAGACGAUCGUCGUGAGUGCGGCGGCGGCAGCUCAACCACCCAGUCAAGCAACACCGGCGUUCCCGGCCGGGGCCACGACCAACAACAACACCCCCCGGCUGGUGGGUGCCACCCCGGUCGAGAAGGUAACCAGGUCCGGGUCGGAUCGGAAGCGAAAACGGAGACCACCGGACGAUAACGGUGGCCCCGGCGGAGGAGCGUCAACUGCGGGGGGAGCAGGAGGAGGAGGAGGAAAUGGAGGAGCAGGUGGUGGCACAACCACCGCAGGUCAUAUGCGUGAUAGUAGAGAUAAUGUUAAGGCCCCGCGGCUUUCGCAGCCGCUAAGUGAUACUAAGAAGAUAAAUGAUUACUUUUUCAAACAUUCAACGGCGACAGUGGUGGCGACGGUCACCAGCACCACCAACACCACCAACGCCACCGCCGCCGCCGCCGCCAACAGCGUCACGACGUCUGCCAGUGGCGCUGUCGGGGUCGUGGUCAGCAAUAGCAGCAACAACAACACCGCUGGCGGCGGCACCUUAGGAGCAAUAACCAAUUCGUCCCCCCAAGUCGAUCCGGGCGGAGGAGGGGCGGCGGGAGCGGCGAGCGGUGGCACGAAUGCGGCCACAGGCAGCAACCUGGCGUCGCGCGCACUCACCAAAAGUCCGAACGCGCACCAGCAGCAGCAGUCCGCCACCCACGGUCAGUAUCCGAUGUAUCCUCCCACGUCGCAGACGACGCAGCUGCUACCGGCGGGCUCGGUAGCGGCGGUAGCAGUCACGGCCAGCUCGAGCAACUCCAGCAUCAUCGCCCACGCCACCAGCACCGUCGGCAACGCGAGCAACAGCAGCAGCACCAACGUUCUGCUGCAGCAGCAACAGCAACAACAGCAGCAGCAGGAUCUGUUCGUCGGUAGCACCGGAACACGCUCCGGCGUGCGGCAGUCGAUCUCGUCCUCGUCGUCGGCGUCCGGUGGUUCGGGCGGCGGUGGCGGCGGCAACACCAACUCCCCGACCGUUCUAGUUCCUGCGUCGCCAGGCUCCCCGGCGACCUCGGCAGCGGCGGCCGCAGCGGCCGCUGUGGCUGCGGCAGCAGCAGCCGCCGGACCGACCACCGCCUCCACCGGGCCCGUGGCAGCUCUGACGACGCCGAUCGUCGCCACAACGACAACGUCGUCCGCCGCGACACCUCUCUCGCCGGCGCUCUCGGCCACCGGCCAGGUGCUGCGGCAAAACUCCGGUGGCGACAGCGCCGUUGUUUGUCAGCCGUACUCAUCGCUGGUCAUCAUCCCGCAGCACCUGCUCGGUGGUCGGAAGCAGCAGCAGCAGCAGUCAUCGUCGGCGUCGUCGGCUUCAGCGGUGGUGACCAGUGCGGGCACCGUAUCGGCUACAUCGAACCAGCAGCAGCACAAGCAGCAAAGUGGCGUGGUCGGGAAGAUAGGCGCACAACAGUCUACGACAACAACCGGCGCACAGACGACGAUCACGACGAACGCCCAGCAGCGCGAAAACCAAUCGGGAACGCCACCCCUUCCAACCUCGCAGCAACCUGCUUCCACACAGGCGGUGGCGGCGGCUACCGGUCAAAGCGCAGCAGCGGUAGGGACGAACCAUCAGCAGCAACGGGACAAUGGUGGCACGGGAGUUGGCAGUGAGCAGCACCUUCACCUCCAGCGGAUAACAAUUACCUGCACCAGCAGCAACAGUAGCAGUAACGGUGGAGGAGGUGCCACAUCGACCACCAGCGGAGUAGAGGUGACCGGUGGCGGAAACCCCACCAGCACGACGUCGGUGGCCACGUCCACCAGCACACCCGUCAGUAGUACGAACAAUAACAACAACAACAAUUCCGUGCUCCAACUCCCAGGCGGGGCUGUUGUGACGUCGUCGGUAAAGUCAAUUGCACAGAAGCUGCAGCAAUCACAGCAAUCGCAGACACAGCAGCAGCAGCAAACACAGCAGCAGUCCACGGCGCUCACGUCGUCGUCUUCCAGCGCGGCCACCGCCUCGACGCUGGUGCCGGUGAUGGGCGGAACGUCAGCCGUCGGGAAGCAGCAGCUCCUCGGCGAUGGGGUCAACAGCAACAGCAACCUGUUCGCCGGCAGCUCGCAUCAGGCCACGGCCGCCACUGCGACGCCGCCCCUAAUGGUGACCAAGCUGGUGCAGACCGACCUGACGCAGGCGGACAUCACCGAGCGGGACCACGACUUCGAGAGCAACCGGACGCGCAUGGACGAGCUGUCGCGCUUGUCAGACGAGCAGAAGUGCCAGCUGAGCGUGCACCAGAAGGCGAUCGAGCAGCACAAGAGCCACAUCAACAAGUGCAUCGAGGUGGUGAAGAAGCUGCUCAAGCAGAAGAGCAACAUCGAGAAGAAGGAGGCGCGCCAGAAGUGCAUGCAGAACCGACUCCGGCUCGGCCAAUUCGUCACGCAGCGCGUCGGUGCGACGUUCCAGGAGAACUGGACGGACGGCUACGCCUUCCAGGAGCUGGCAAAACGACAGGAAGAGAUUACUGCCGAGCGGGAGGAAAUCGAUCGGCAGAAGAAGCUGCUGAUGAAGAAGCGGCCCACCAACAGCGAGGGUGGCCGCAAGCGUAACAACUCGUCCGCGUCGGGCGGUGCGUCCGCUGGCGGUGCUGGUGGUACCGAUCGCGUCGGUAGCGGGGUCGGAGGGGCCGGCGGAUCCGGCGGUGCUGGCGGGGUCGGUUCACUAGGUGGCGGUGGCGGGGCCGGCAGUGGUAGCGUCGGUGGCAGCAGUGGUAGCUCGAGCGGCGGAUCGUCACUGCAUAACGGCAACGAUAGCACGUUCCUCAAGCCCGACCCGGUCGUGAGCAACAGCUCGAUCUUCACGCUGCAGGAGUACUACGAGUGCGAUGAGAUCCUGAAGCUGCGCCAGAACGCGCUAAAGAAGGAGGACGCCGAUCUGCAGCUCGAGAUGGAGAAGCUCGAGCGGGAGCGCAACCUGCACAUCCGCGAGCUGAAGCGGAUACAUAACGAGGAUCAGUCGCGGUUUAACAAUCAUCCAGUGCUGAAUGAUCGGUACCUGCUGCUAAUGCUACUCGGUAAGGGUGGCUUCUCCGAGGUGCACAAGGCGUUCGACCUGAAGGAGCAGCGAUACGUCGCCUGUAAGGUGCACCAGCUCAACAAAGACUGGAAGGAGGACAAGAAGGCGAACUAUAUCAAACACGCGCUCCGGGAGUACAACAUCCACAAGGCGUUGGAUCAUCCGCGUGUGGUGAAGCUGUACGACGUGUUCGAGAUCGAUGCCAACUCGUUCUGCACCGUGCUGGAGUACUGCGACGGGCACGAUCUGGACUUCUACCUGAAGCAGCACAAAACCAUCCCGGAGAAGGAGGCCCGUUCGAUCAUCAUGCAGGUCGUUUCGGCGCUCAAGUAUCUCAACGAGAUCAAGCCGCCCAUCAUCCAUUACGAUCUGAAACCGGGCAACAUUCUGCUGACCGAGGGUAACGUGUGCGGUGAGAUCAAGAUCACUGACUUUGGUCUGUCGAAGGUGAUGGACGAAGAGAACUAUAAUCCCGACCAUGGUAUGGAUCUUACGUCACAAGGUGCUGGAACUUAUUGGUAUCUGCCACCGGAGUGCUUCGUGGUUGGGAAGAACCCGCCGAAGAUUUCGUCCAAGGUGGACGUCUGGAGCGUGGGCGUGAUCUUCUACCAGUGUCUGUACGGUAAGAAGCCGUUCGGCCACAACCAGUCCCAGGCGACCAUCCUCGAGGAGAACACCAUCCUGAAGGCGACCGAGGUGCAGUUUGCGAACAAACCGACCGUAUCGAACGAGGCGAAGAGCUUUAUUCGCGGUUGCCUCGCGUACCGCAAAGAAGAUCGGAUGGAUGUGUUUGCGCUGGCGAAGCACGAGUAUCUGCAGCCGCCAGUGUCGAAGCACAACCGCUCGUCGAACGCGCAAAAUCAGCACGCAGCCGGUCAGAACAGCAGCACCGGGGCGACUGGUGCUGGUGGUGGCGGCGGCGGCGGCGGUGGUGGCGGUGGCGGGUCGGGCGGUUCGGGCGGAGCCGGCGGGAACCAGGCCGGCCAGCAGACGUCCUUCUCCACCGGCAUGUUCGGCAACAUGAACCAGUCGAGCUCGUCUUAGCUAUUUUUCCACCACAGCAGC